UAUCUCCCCACCUCACCUCCUCAUUCUUAAUUCUUCAUUUCAGCAAUUUACCAACCCAAAAAAAAAAAGAAACCAAAAAGAAAAGCUCUUCAUAUUCAUUUCUUGUAUACCAACACCAACACCAUGGGUGAGAAAAAGGAAGGCGCAAAGAAUGAGGGCGAGAAGAAGCCCGCCGCAGCCGACGCCGGAGCCACGAAGGACGACGGCUCGCUCACCGUCGUUUUGAAGACCGACAUGCAUUGCGAGGGGUGCGCCAAGAAAAUCAAACGAGCUGUUAAGAAUUUCCAAGGCGUUGAACAAGUGAAGACGGAGUGUGCAGCCAACAAAGUGACUGUGACCGGGAAAGUGGACCCCGCCGGGCUGAGAGAGAAACUGGAACAGAAGAUCAAGAAGAAGGUAGAUCUCAUUUCUCCUCAGCCCAAAAAAGAUGGCGGUGGAGAUAAAAAGCCAGCUGCUGCAGAGGAAAAGGCUGAGAAGAAGCCAGAAGAGAAAAAGCCGGCUGAGAAGAAGACAGAAGAGAAAAAGCCCAAAGAGGCACCCAAAGAGAGCACUGUGGUCAUGAAGAUGAGAUUGCAUUGCGAGGGGUGCAUGCAGAAGAUGAAGAGUAAAAUCUCCAAGUUCAAAGGGGUCAAUACGGUGAGUUUUGACGCACCCAAAGACAUUGUAACGGUCAAGGGCUUCAUGGACGCUCAAGAACUCGUCCCCUACCUCAGAGAGAAGUUCAGGAGGUCCGUCGAAGUGGUCCCACCCAAGAAAGAUGACGGUGCCGCCGCCAAGCCAAAAGACGCCGCAGCCGGAGGUGAGAAGAAGGAGAAAGACGGCGGCGGUGAGAAGAAAGAUAAAGAAGCUGCCGCCGGUGGAGGCGAGAAGAAAGAACUUGUCGCCGCAGCACCCGGCGGCGGAGCCCCCAAGGUAGAAGUGAACAAGAUGGAGUAUUCUGGGUACCCUUACCCUCCUCCCAGUUACUAUUGGUACGACGAAGGACACGUAUACAACCACAACAAGUUCGUCAUGGAGGCCCAAGCGCACCAGGCGCAUGUUAGCCAAGGCUCUUCGAGCCAUGGCUACGCUGUGCCGACGGAACACUACCCUGCUCCCCAAAUGUUCAGCGACGAGAAUCCAAAUGGUUGUUCGGUGAUGUAGAGUGCUGAACCGAUCGAACGGUGGUUGGCUGACGAGACGAAGAUAAAAUUAAAAAUUAAGUUUUACGUUAAAUAGAGGGGUAAAAUCGGAAUUACAAAAAAAUUGUAAAUAAUAAGGGGCAAAGGUUAUAAGAGAAGUAAAUAUAAUUACGAGUAGGUAGCUAUGGAAUUUUGGUUUUAUUAUGGGUUUAGUUUUAAUUAGGGGAUGUAAUAGAGAUAGACCGACCGACCGGCCGGCCCCGCCAGCUGGUGGAGCCGUUUCAGAUGUUGGUUUGAUAUGAAUAUGAUGGUGGUUCAAUAUGAUUAAAGUUUCUGCUAAUUAAUUUUUUAUUUGGUA